GUGCGUGCGAGCUGCCUGCCGCGAUGCCGUCGGCGCCAGCUGCCGCCGCGCCGCCGCCGGAGUCAGCGGAGUCGCCGCCGGUGAGGUUCAGGAGGGUGCGGUCGCCGCUGGCGAACGGCGGCGGCGCGGCGGGGGCGGGGGACUUCGAGCUGCGGCACUGGCGCACGCCGCCGAAGCGGGCGCGGCCGUCGCCGUCGCAGGCGCGGUCGCCGUGGACGCCGCCGGUGAUCGAGAUCCCCUGCGGAGGCGGAGGGGGAGAGGCCGGGCGCGGCGGGUACACCAGCCUCCGGGACAUCCUGUCGUCGCCCGAGUACGCGGCGUCGUCGUCGUCGUUCUCGCCCGCGGUGUUCUGCGCCGGCGGCGGCGGCAGCUGCGGGGACAUACACAUGAUACGCCACCCGCUGGUGAAGCACGCGGCGUACGCCUACCUGCAGAUGACGCCGUCGGCGAGGGACGACCCAGGCCGCCGCCACCGCCGCCGCUGGCGCGGCCCGCUCUGCCGCCUCCUCCUCGGCUGCCUCAGCUUCAUCGGCGCGCUCUUCCGGCCAUGAUCGCGCACUUCUCCGGCGAUCGAUCGACGGCGAGCUCGCGCCCGUGCGGUUACUCGUUAAUUGCACUUCGAUUCCUCUUCCAUUCCUAGCCUCUGUGUGAUCAGAUUAGAGUUCUUCUUUUUCCUUAAUUACAAACUUGAGAGAGGAUUUGCUUGGGUUCGAAUUUUGUAAAUAAUUUGAUAGGAUUAAUUAGUCUCAAAGAGGUGAUGGUAGCAACAAAGAGAAAUGUUUGAUUA